AUGAACGUCUUCCCCGAACAACCCAGCCUGAUCAAGCUCGACGCCUGUCUGGGCUCCCGAGACGCCGCAGCGAUUACCAUUCUUCUGGAAGCAUUGCAUCUUCCAUAUACGCUGAGUCUCUUCACACCACAUCCAUUCCCUCCGGUGCACCAUGCAUAUUUCACCGACAUACUCCCCGACGGAAGCAGAGUCGACCUGAACGACGUCCUCGAAAUAGCAUCGUACCUCAUCGACCGGUAUGAGCAGGAAAGGCGACUUGUCUCCUACAAGCCUGGAACGGAGGAAGAUUUCGAGGUCUGGCGCUGGGUGCGACUUUGGUCUGAGGAGCCACUCCCUGCAGCACCGGCUGAUCAGGCAGAUGUCGUACGGAGAAUGUUACACCGGUAUCUCCUUCUCGAGCAGCGAUUGCAGAAUCAAAGGAGCGGUGGGUAUUUGGUGGGAAAGAAAUGUACGAUGGCGGAUAUUCUCUACUUCCCUGCCAUCGCGGCGGCGGAGUCUCUCGGGCUGGAUCUGGAGAUGUUUCCGGAGCUGACGGCGUGGUUUAAUCGGCUCUGGGGAUUGGGAGCAGUGCGCAGGGGAAUGGAGGCUGUGAGGUUGGCGAUUAGUUGA